AUGACAAGGGACACUGAAGCCGGAGUUAGCUAUCGUGAGGAGGACGAGCAGAUUGUAAAGCCCCUCAAAACGUGGAAGGGCUAUAUCUGGGACACAUGGGAGCUUCCCAAGGAUCAGCGCUGGUUGCUGUUUAAGCUUGACGCUUUCGUCCUGACAUUUGCAUCUAUCGGCUACUUCCUCAAGAAUAUUGACUUGACUAAUGUCCAAAAUGCCUAUCUUAGUGGCAUGGAAGAGGACCUUGGCAUGUAUGGCAACCAGCUGGUGACCAGUACAUCAAUCUAUACAGUCGGCUACGUGAUCGGUCAAAUACCUUCCAACUUGUUAUUGACUCGCGUUUCGCCUCGAUGGGUUAUCCCAGCACUCGAAGUUGGAUGGGGCAUUGCCACUAUCUGUACAUCAUCCAUCAAGUCAUACCACAGUCUUUAUGCUGUUCGAUUCUUCGUCGGCCUCUUUGAAUCUGGCUUCUACCCUGGCAUCCACUACAUGCUUGGAUCAUGGUACACACCUCAAGAAAUCGGAAAACGCGCUAUGAUUUUCUGGGUCGCCGGCUCCAUAGGAACACUAUUCAGUGGUUUCCUACAAGCAGCGGCCUAUCAGAACCUGGACGGCGUCAACGGAUUUGAAGGAUGGAGAUGGCUUUUCAUCAUUGACGGCAUCAUCACACUGCCACUUGCUAUUGCAGGAUUUGUCUUCUUCCCUAAUCUGCCUGAAAGUGGAAACAAGACCUGGUGGAUCACGGAAGAAGAACUGGAUAUCUCACAAAAGCGCAUGAAGGCUAUCGGCCGAGCUGGCAAGCAGCCUUGGACAAUGGCCAAGGUGAAGAGGCUUAUGUUGAGCUGGCAUACCUAUGCUUUGCCGUUGCUCUACAUUGUCUGGAACAACGGAUGGCCUCAAGCAGGCAUGGGUUAUUGGCUGAAGAGUUUCAACAAGACACCCGCACCUGUUCCCGGGGUCUCAUUUACCGUGCCUCAGAUUAAUGAUCUUCCUCUUGUUACUACGGGUAUCUUCAUUGUGGUUGCUCUCAUCUGGGGAUUCCUAUCUGAUGGUCCGUUGCGUGGAUCACGAUGGCCAUUUAUUUACAUUGGCGCAGUCAUCACUAUUGUGUUCUGUGUGCUCUUGCGCCAGAUGCCCCUGUACACCAACAUCCACGGCCGCAAAGUAGUGUACUGGCUCAGCAAUAUUGGACUCGGAGCAGGACCUCUGAUUCUCAGCUGGAUCAAUGAGAUCUGUUCAGACGACACUGAAAAGCGAGCAUUGCUCGUCGCCUUUGCAAAUGACUUUGCUUAUAUUGUACAGGCAGUGGCCCCCAACUUCGUGUGGAAGACAACUGCAUUCCCAGCUGCGAAAGAGGGAUAUCUUUGGAGUAUCAUCUUGCAAGCUCUAUCAAUUGUCCUGACUAUUGGUAUUCAGUUCGGGCUCUGGUGGGACAAGCGCAAAAAGAGAUCUGAUGAAGUAUCCCAGAUUUCCGCUCCUGACAGUGUCGAGAGCCUUGAUCCUGAUACAAAGGUUCCUCGGACACAAGCUACCGAGGCAUCAUCCAGAUUGAGCUAG